AUGGUUCACUGUUCGCGCCACGCAUCCGUCAACCGCCACUCGACAUGGGAAGCGACGCGGUUCUCCGUACUCAUGGACGCUUUGCUGGAAGGGCUCAAUCAUGCCCAGAAGAACGCGGUCACCAGCCCGGCGAAUGUCGUGCAGGUGUUGGCGCCUCCCGGCUCUGGCAAGACGAAAACACUUACAGCACGCGUUGCGUACCACAUUAAUCAUGAACGACUUCAGCCAUGGAACAUUAUCGUUUGCACAUUCACGAUCAAGGCCGCCAAGGAGAUGAAAGAUAGGAUCAAGGGCUUUGUGGGCGACAAACUGGAGGCAAAAUUGAUUCUGGGAACUUUCCAUUCUGUUGCCCGACGCUUCCUUUCUAGAUAUGGCCAGGAGAUUGGCAUCGACAAGAAUUUUGGAAUUGCAGACGCCAGCGACAGCUCGGCAAUAAUCAAACGCAUUAUCAAGCGCUAUAACUACACUGUGGAGCCAGGAAAUGCUCGCUCUCGCAUCUCAAAACUGAAAGCCAAAGGCAUAUCGGCAGACGACUUCACGAAUACCUCCAAAACUGUCAACGACAAUGAGUUUGCCUUGGUCUACUCAUCUUACCAGGAGCAUCUGAAAGCUGCCAACCUCUUGGAUUACGACGAUCUCCUUGUGAGAUGCGUGGAACUGCUCAAAAAAUCGCCAUCAUGCGUUUCAACCAUCCAGGCUGUCUUGAUUGACGAAUACCAAGACACGAACAACAUACAAUACGAGCUCAUGCAGCUUUUAGCACAGAGUACCAGGCGUAUCACCAUCGUAGGCGAUCCAGACCAGAGCAUCUAUAGUUUUCGAUCUGCCGAGAUUGAGAAUCUACGUCGCAUGCGUGCUGACUACCCGGAAUCGAUCGUUAUCCAUCUUGAAAACAACUACCGCUCUUCAGGCCGGAUCCUUGCCUCAGCCAUGGCAGUUAUUGAGCAAGACGAACAUCGGCCGCAAAAGUCACUAAUUGCCACACAUGGCGUUGGGGAGCAGCCAACUCUUCGUCAUCUAGCCUCUGCUUUCGUGGAGGCGAAGUGGAUCGUCGAAGAGAUCCAGCGAUCCAAGACUCUUACUGCUGGUUUGCUUGAGUAUAGCGAUUACGCUAUCCUGCUGCGGUCUUCUCAACUCUCGCUUCAGAUCGAGAGAGCAUUGGGACAAGCCGGCGUCCCCUAUCGUAUGGUUGCUGGCACGAAGUUCUUUGAUCGUGCUGAGAUACGCAUCGUUCUAGACUACCUGCGCGUGAUCAGCCAGCCGGACCACAACGAUGCAGUGGCCCGUAUCAUCAAUGUGCCGUCCCGAAAAGUUGGGGAUGUGACUAUCAAAAAUUUGCUCGAAGAGGCAGAGACUCGUCACAUCACCCUAUGGAGCUUAGUACUCGAAACUGCACAGGGCAGACGAAAGCCACAAACCAUGGUGUCUGCGCAAGCACAAAAGGGCAUGGAGCAAUUUGUCAACAUAAUCCUGACCAGUCGCCAGAAGCUUUUGCCGGGAGAGGGUGAAGACUGUAAUCUUCUGGGCCUUAUUAGUCACGUCCUGCAAAAGAUCUCGUUUCAGGCUUACCUCAGGCAAAUGCAUAAAGAGAACUGGGAAGAUCGAUGGGCAAAUGUGGAAGAGCUGGUAGCCCAGGCAAUGCAAAUGGCCACAGCAGCCGCAAACGGCGAAGAGAUAAUCGAUGACGCGCUACCAGUCGUCGAGGGCGUGGAGCAGCGCCAGGAUAGUGCUGCCGACAUUCUCUCUAAGUUUCUCGCGAACGUGACACUUUCAAGUGCCGCAGAUCAAGAAGGCGGUGACUUGAACCAGGUCACCAUCUCCACAAUACAUGCAGCAAAGGGUUUGGAGUGGCCAGUGGUCUUCUUACCAGCCAUGUAUGAUGGCUCCAUCCCUCACUCGCGAGCAGAAGACCAGGAUGAAGAACGACGACUACUUUAUGUUGGAAUGACGCGCGCACAGGGUCUGCUUUAUUUGAGUUGCCCAGUAAGGCAGUCAGGCCAGGAACAAACCACGCUCUCACGAUUCGUCUCUGAUCGAAAAUUACAGAAGUUAUUCAGGGAUCGAGGUCCAGACCUAGCAUUUAAUCGCAGCGCAAUCCCAAAUCUAGCCGGCAUACUUCGGAGGCCUUGCCCUGAGCCUGCAGAUAUCAUGGCCACCCACAGCCUCCUGGAGCGCCUGGAAGACGACAAAUACCCCGCCACACGUGAAGAGAUUGACGAUGAUAGUUCGCGAUGGGGUGCGUCUUACGAUGACAAAUUUGGUAGUACUGGUCCAAGCACCGAUACGGACCAGCCUUUGUUCAAACGACGGAAAGUUGAGACGAAAACAUACGACUCGUGUACGAGUGUGAAAGUAUCAGUGAGCAUGCACCAAGCCUCCACCUUCUCCACUGCAACAACGACAAUGCAUGCCGCGAAGGGUGGAUUCACGAGUGCCCGCGACCUAGGUGAUCUCCAGGCCAUGCAGCAAGAGGCAGAGCGUAUACGCAUGCUCGCUAGUACUCCCGGCCUCAGCAAACUACCUGAAAAGAGCGCGUUCGGCGAGAUCAAGUCCUCCAAUGCGAAGACCGCGCGAACCAAGAGGUCGAAGCCACGAGCGGUUGGUCAAAACGCUAUCACCAGUUUCUUCAAACGAUGCGGGAGUACGUUGUCUGAGGAACCCAAGGGUAAUGCAUCACCCCCUCUUAUGCAAAAUUAUCAACGCUCACACUCUUCCGUGUCUGCGGGCGCGGAUGCGGACAUGGUGUUGCACGAGAUAUCCAACGUUCAACCCACAGCCCCACGAGCAUAUCAACCUCUCUCCCUUCCCACACACAAGUUACAAACCCGCCCGAUUCUCAAAAAACCCAAGAAAGGAGACCGCGAGGAAGAAGCUGAAAGUAAAUGUUACGUCCUCUUAUCCAGUUCGCCCGUACAACCAAACUUUGAUGAAUGUGCUCAUGGAGGGAUGGAGGGCGAGAAGACGGGACCUUCAGCAAAUAUGGGUACAGGCACUCGAGCAGCAUCUACCUUCCAUACUACGUCUAUGAAUCAAUUGCAGAAUCAAAGUGCGCAGAGGAAGACGUUGGGAACGAGGAGAACGAUGCAGGGGUGGAGUGUCAAGCAUAGUUCUAUGCCAAAGCCGAGAUCUUGUUGA